ACAACCUAAACAAUUGUAAACAUCGACUUUUCGACGUGCGUCCAUCUGCAACUUGUUGAAUCAGCCAUAAAAUACUCACAUUAUAUUGAUUUUUCAUGGAAAUGAGAAUGCGCAAUAGUGAAGCCCUAAUCCGGCAGUUCGCAAUAUGGUCUGAAACUCGGUAGGGAUAGUUUUUUAUCUUUAAAAAUGGAAGAUUUGUUAUUGAGUAUUGUUAAAGAAGCCGGUAAUUGCAAAUUGACGAACUUAAAACAACGAGCACAAGAAGCGCAUGAUCUACUUGCAGCACAAAAUAAUUUGAUGCGAAAUCCUUCAUAUGAGCUAAGAUCAGUUUGUUUCCUACCAUUGAAAUUAUCUUUGGAAAGUAAGAAGAGUAAAUUGGUGACGUUAUCCGUGUCUGGAUUUAACAAAAUAAUAAGAGAUGAAAGAUUCCAAUGCGGGACAGAACCAGAGGAUGAUUCGUUAUGGUUACCAGCUCAGUUGCUUUUAGCUACAUCUUCUCUACUCUCUCAAUGUGAAGACACGCAAGUUCAUAUAUUGAGAGUAGUUUUGAACUUAGCGUGUUCAGCUAGCUGGGCUUUAAAUGGAAGAUUGGUUAUGCUUAUGAUAGGAAGAUGCGGAGACGCAUAUGAGGCUGGUACACAACCAAUUAGAGCUGCUGCUCAAGCGGCGGCUAGUCAAACGUUAACAGCUUUCUGUACUUUUUUGGAUGAAGAGUGUCAAGAAAUCCUUCAACAACAACAGAAACACAAAAAUUCGGGUAGUAGCGCCGAAAUGGUAUACACGAAAACUUCAGCAGUUGCUUGUUUCAACGAAGCUAUUCCCGUAAUGCAGUACAUAUGCAGCAAAUUGGAGGAAUCAAAACAAUUGACCAAAUCCAAUGAGCUGACCGUAUACCUACUGGAAUGUUUACUUACAUUUGUCAGCACCUUACCUCACACAGUACAUUCCAAUAUUCAUUUCACAACAUUCCUUUGGCAGCGGUUCUGUCCAGCGCUAUUGGCAUUUUUGGGAACACCUGGACACCCUACAGGUCACCCACUUACAACAAGUCAAACCAAAAUAGUUUAUAGCACCGGAAUUCAAGUAGUCAGACUAGUCGGACGAGAACGAGCACUAAGACCCGUUUUAGAGGCGUUAUUUCACAGAAUGCUUCUCCUUCCGAGUCCUCCAAAAAGAUUAGAACCAUUAAGGGCUGCUAAAGAAUUACUUCGAUCGCCAGGACGAUUAGCGGAUUUAUUGUUGCUCAGUGGACCAAUACACCGACAUGCUGGUGAUGAUAUGGCAAUUAUAAGACUGAUUAUGGACUCAAUAGAGGAAUCUUCCACGUGCAGUGAUACUAGUGUCUUACUUGCAAGUGUAGAGUGCGUAGGAGCUCUUUUAGGGUCACUGGAAGCCUUAUGUAGAGGAGAGGGAUUGAACCAAGAGGCAGCAGACAUUACUAAUAAUAGAUAUGUAACCUUAGAACAAUCCGAUUAUUCUGGACCACUCACUUAUGAGUCGUUAGCUAGGCUACCAAAACCAUACAGGGAUGUAGUUGCAAACUUGAAAUAUCAGAGUGAUUCUGAUAGCAGUGGUAUUGAAGGAAAUAUUCCUGAAAAUGAGGGUGGUACAGAAUCUGAUUGUUCUGGAGCAACCGAGGGACCAGAAGAUGCUAUCCUUUCAGACGACAGUAUUAUGGACGAUGAGAGUUUUUUGACUAAUCAACAAUUACAAAAAUUGUAUAAAUUGCCAAAAUCAUUAAAUCUGGGCCGAAGUGGUGUGGAUGAAUGUAACACAGACAUGGAAAGGCAUAAUGCUCGACAUUUUAUUAAAACGCUACAACAAUCACUUUUACCCAAUUUGUUGACACUGAGAUCAUCAAUUCAAGUAGACGAAGUGCUUCAAGAGUUUGCUUCCAAAUGUUGCCAACAUAAUUCUGCACAAAAUUACGAGAUAUCGACAAUAAUGAAUGCAGACGGAAUAUAUUUAGCCACGUAUUCUGCUCUAUUACUGGAUUUAAAACUUGUUCAAUCAGGACAAUAUGAGGAUAAAAGUAUUCCUGUGCCAAUAACUGAAGCUCAGUUUGUUGAAGAGAUACAUGGUAGUGGCGUCCUUGUUUAUGUAUCGGCCACCUGGUUGUGUGAAGUAUACCAGAACGUGCUUUCAAAAUCAUUAUUGAUAUCUGCCGGAUAUGAUCCUAAAAGCUCACAUCAACCAUCUCUAAUAAGCUUAUUGACUGAUAUUGGUGGACUAUCUGUGUCACAACUUCUAUCAGAUUGGCAAAAACUACAAAGAUUACAUAUAUCAACAGAUACAAGUCCAGAAAUUGAAGCCGGUAUAAAACUUUCCAGGCGAGUUCUUACAUGUUGUUGGGCUUCUGUUAUAUCAGUGUUAGGCUUACCUUUAUCUGAAACAACAUGUCCUAACGGUACAUCAGCUUUGAGUAGAUUGGUCGCUAGAAGAGCACGUCAAAAAUAUAAACAAAAAAUGAGAGAUGAUGUAAUUACUACUUGUUUGGAGGGAUUACAUAAAGCUGCAAGUCUUAGUAAUACCCUAAAACUGCAAAGUAGAAGUAGUAGUAUAUUAUCUUUGUUGUCGGCUUCCUCUUGUAAGAAUCAAGGAACAAAACUACUAGCAUCGCAUGCGCUUUCACUUGAUGUCUUGCUAUCCAAAGGUCUCGAAUUAGGCAGUCAUAGUUCUGCCUGUUGGCCGCAUGUUUUCAGCGCAUGUGUUGCAGUGGCGACGCUCGAGCAUUCUUUAUUCAGUAAAACUGGCUCGACACAACUGUUAAUGGUGGCACAAAAUCCUCAAAAUAAUAUCGUUACUUCCACGACACGUUCCGAUUCCAAUGAGAAACUUCAUAUGGCAUUCAACAUUACUGGUGAUGAAGAAACAGUUGAUAUCUACAGCUUUCUCCAUAACACCAGUCACAUGACAAAUGAUAUCAACGACACAAGCAUUGCUGAAAUUGUUGAAAAGAGCGGUGCCAACAAUACUCAAGGUCAAAGAAUUUUAAGUGGCGUUUAUGCGGCAAAAGUAUGUUGUGUUUUGUCACAAAAAUCCGAUGAACUCUUCCACGCAGCAGCUUUAAGAUUGUCUUUGCCAGGAUUGUGUAGUUUCCUUACAGAGUUAUGUAAGGCAUCACAUAUGCAGUUAUUUACUAAAUACGAAGAAUCCCCACGUCAAGAGAAAAAAUGGUGGAAGAAAGAAUUAGAAAUUCAACAAAAACCACCAGCCACUUUACUCUUACAUCGAAUAGGAGAAGUUACACUGAAAUCUGUUAAAUCUGGUCGACCCCUGAUACACAUUAUGAAAUUGUGGUCGAUAGUUGGGCCACAUUUAAUGCAAGCCGCCUGCCACAAAGACAGGACAAUUUCCAAAAAAGCCGUUACUUGUAUUCACGAUGCAGUUACAGCUUUAUUGAACGAACAAGCUGAACUACCCCAUUUCCAUUUCAACGAAGCUCUCAUAAAACCAUUCGAAAAUUUACUCUGUCUCGAAUUAUGUGAUACAGAUGUUCAGGAUCAAAUUGUUGCCUGUCUCUGUGAAUUCGUAGAGGCCAAUCGAACAGAAAUCUGUUCAGGAUGGAGACCACUUUUUGGCACUCUUAGAGUAGCCAAUACAAGAAAUAAUGCCGCUUCAAUUUUGGACGUAUUCAAGAUAUUCCUUUCAACUGAUAAUACCCUAGUUUUCGCAAAUGCUGCUUUAGAUUAUAUAAUGUGUCUUCUUUCCCAUAUCAAGAACUCUAAUGUGGAUGAUCUUCCAUCGGAACCAGUACAAGUUAAUCAAUAUAAUGAGAAAAAAUCCUUGUUUCUUGAUAAGGAAGCCGAAUUUCCAUCAAAAUUGCUUCUCGGUCCUGUGGACUUAUGUAUAGAAUCCCUGAAGCUACUACAAAGCUGUGCUUCAAUUCUUUCAGCUAUUCAUAAUAUGCCUAAAUGUCCAACAUUCAAUCUUACACAUAGGAUGAACAUUGAUACACAUCCUCAAUUGGUGGAUUCUGUUGUACAAAACUCCGAUAUCAAUUACUUCAACCAGAUUAAUAUGAAUCAUAUCAGUUAUGAAAAUUUGUCUACUCAGUCAGAUUUUGAAAAUUGUGAAAAACAAAAAAUAACUUUAGCACAUUUAGAUAAACAAAGUAAUAUUCUAAAAAUUUAUUACAUUCUCUUGGAAGGCCUUGCAUCCGCUUCCACUUUGGCAGCUACAAAAAACCAACCUUACAUAGUAGAAACAUUAUUCAAACUAAUAAGAGAUUUGAUAGAGAAUCCAGGGAUAAACUUUGGAUUCUACUGUAUUAAUCAUAUUCUACUUCCGAUGGUUCAGAAUUGGUUAAGACAAAAUGUUAAAGUACAGAAACCUGGUGAAGUUUGGCAAAAUUUUAAACAUUGCUGUGGAUUAGCUAGUGAACUAGUAGUAGAUUAUUUAUAUGAAUUACAAAAAAACGAUGAUAAUUUAGAAAACGAUCAUCCUGGAGCUAUCUUAGCAUUAAAACAACUACUUCUUAUACUUAUCGAUUGUAUAUCUCAGCCGUCUGAAAACAUAGCUCGUUUAGGAUCAUCCUGUAUUAGACACGUAAUCCUUAGCGCCGGAAAAAUUCUGACGGUCUAUCAAUGGGAGAUACUAGUAUUAGCAUUACAUAGAGCUUGCACCGUGAGUUUGAAUCCACUUUAUCAACUCAGUUUAGUUUUUAAAGAGCAUUCCGAUAGUUUCUAUGGAGAUUUAGCUACAGUUAAAGUCGCUGCUAGAAAAGACACUAGCGUUUCAGAAAACGAACGAUUGUACGAACUAGCUCAACAAGUCUUCCUUAUGCAAUCUCAAAGGUAUUGCUCUAAAUGCCAAACGAAAUUCUGCGAAUGUGAAGUUACUAAAGGUGUAAUUAUCGACGAUAGAAGUUAUGUAUUUUUGUUGUAUCCAUACGAUUCCAGUACAAUUCUCAAUCCGGAUCUAUAUACCAUUAGAGUUCCAUUUAAGAACAUAGUUGUCGGGAUUUUAGCACACCAGAUGUUGAUACAAACAGUAUCGAGUGCUUUAUUACAAAAUCUUAAUCAUAUAACUCCAAUUUUAAAUAUUUUACAAAUAAGCUCUUGCAGUUUACGAGGAAUAUUGACUAAAGUCAAUGCUAAACACAUCGAUGUGCUAUUGAAAUGUUUAGAAAUAUCAAAUAUUAGAGCUAAAGAAUUUGAUGUAAGACCUGGGUUGAAGUUUCUUAUACAAAAAGUUGGAAAUUUGAAUAAAGCUGCCAACUUGUAUACACAAGCAAACACGUCCGAAGUAGUACAAAUUAUAGUAUUGAUAGAAUUAUGCCUCGAUGGUAUAGGAAAAUACAACAUCGAUCCUAGAAAUCUUAAAGAUAUUCUUGCGCGUGAAGAGAAAACAAUAUGUUUAAGUGAUUUAGAUUACGUAGAAAAUUUUCUGAAAAAACUUUACUCUAAAUGGAAUAAAUUGUGUGAUUCUUAUGUCAAUCUAACAUUAGUUAUUCCUGAAGUAAGUGAAGAAAGCGACGAGGACACAAUAGAAGAACCUGUUUACCCUAAGCCGUUCAAAUUGUCAGACUUUAAACAAGAAGAAACUGAUAAUGUUAGUAUUAGCACCGACACUGAUAGUUAUCUCGAAAAAGAUAUAUUACCAGAUUUGAAAAACGAAGACAAUAUUAUUGAUAGCAAUGAAAAUAAAGACACACAACUACAAAAGAACCACAGUUCGAAUGAAAGUUUAUUAGCGCUAAAGAAAAAUAAUGGAAAUAAUUCAGAAAAUAACAAUUCCACUGAUGAUGAAACUAACGAAAUGGCAGCAAAAUCUAACACAAAACAAAUAUACGAGAAAUGUAAAAUAGACUUGAACGUGAUAAAAUACGAUAAGAAUACUUUGUUACAAAUGAGAAAAUCAACUUUAUCCAACGAUAGACUAAAUUCCAUUAUAUAUGAUAAACCUAAUGAGCCUUCUAAAUUGAAAGCAUCCCAAUCUUGGGUUAAAGAUGAACCGAAGAGAACAGACAGCAAGCUAGUUCCACAUACUGCUGUAAGUUCGAGAUCGAAUCCAUUCAUAUCCAAUAGCUUCCCACCGUCACAACCAGUUCCCACUGAAAUUCAGCAGCAACGAAUGAUGAGUAUAUUCAAGGAUUCGGAAACAUUUAAAACAACGAGGAUUGAAACCAUGGAAGCUUGUUUGGAAUUGUUAACUAGUUUGUCGGCAGAAAAAUUGUCUCCGCUGGCGACUAUUUUGAAACAAGGUGCCGUAUCAUUAGUUGGAGCACAAGAUGAGAAGAUCAAGAAAUCCGCUGAAAUAUUGUUACAAAGAAUGAACAUUUCUUAUAUCGACCAUGAUAAUUAUUAAAUAUAUAAAUGUGAUAUAAUAAUUAUUUAUUUUGAAUCCAAUAAUAGAUAAAAUGUAACUAAAUAUUUCCUCCAUAAAUAAAGAUAGGUCUAAAAUAAAA